AACAGCAGCACCAGACUCAGCGUGUGGGGAAAAAGCAGAGUCCUCUCCCCUCUUGUAAUUACAGAGUCUCCCCAUAUCUUUUUACCUUUCUUGCUCUACCUCUCCGCUCUGUGAGACCUCGGGGAAGUGGUAAUUAGCUCAGAGAGAAUAAAACCAGCUGAGGGGAGAGGGGUGGUGCAUUCUGGAGAGAGAUGGCUAACAGAAACACUUUCUUGCUCUUCUGUGGAGUCGUCCUUCUAGCGCUGAUUCAGUCCUCGCUUCAAGGAGGUGUGUAUGUACCACCUGGUCCUGGGUACAGGCCAGGAGCCCCUUUACCAGGGACCGGAUACUUUCUAGGGUCUGUUGGAGGAGGACAUGCAGGCUAUAAACCAGCAAAACCUGGAGCAGUAGGAAGUUAUGGAGGUGGAGGCCGAGGUGUUGGACCAGGCGGUUUGGUACCAGGAGGUGUUGGAACCGGUGGCCUUGGCUAUGGCGGGCUGACAGGAGGACAAGGAGGAAAGGCUCCAAAACCAGGUUAUGGAAAUCUAGGAACUGGAAUUGGUGGUUAUGGAGGAUACGGUGGAGGUACUGGAGGUUUUUUCCCAGGACAAAAAGCUCCCAAAACAGGAUCCGGGACAGGGGUAGGGCAUGGAGGCACUGGAACUGGACCCUUGGUGCCCGGUGGAGCACCUGUUAUUCCUCAGACAGGCCUUCCAGGAGGACCCGGUGGUUCUGCAGGAAAGAAAGCUGCCAAAGUGCCAGGGGUGGGUGUCCCUGGACUUUACCAAGGUGGAAUUGUCCCAGGAACUGGGUUUGGUGGCCGUGGAGUUCUGCCUGGGGUCGCCACUGGAACUGGCCUAAAUCCCAAAUCAAUUGGAGGGCAACAAGGAGGUCUGGGCCCAGGAACCCGAGGGUUUGGUGGGCCGAUGCAGCCCGGAAUGUUUCAUGGUUACCCCCUCAAAUCUCCCAAAGUGCAAGGGGGCUAUGGAGCCAAACCUGGAGGUGGAAAAGUUCCCUAUGGUUAUGGGGGUUAUGGUCAUGGUGGAGCUGGACUUCCAGGUGGUAUAGCUGGUCCUGGAUCAAAGCCUGGUUAUCCUGUUGGAACUGGAGUGGGGCCUGGAGGCAUCCCACUUUCUCAAUCUAAAGCUGCUAAAUAUGGUGCUGGUGUUGGUGGUGCCGGUGGUGUUGGUGGUGCUGGUGGUGUCGGUGGUGUCGGUGGUGUCGGUGGUGUUGGCGGUGUGGGUGGUGUUGGCGGCACUGGUGGACUGUAUCCAGGCCAGGUGCCAGCAGGAGGAUAUGGACCUGGGUCCAAGGCUGCUAAAUAUGGGGUACCAGGAGGGGUACCAGGAGGUGUACCCGGGGGAGUUCCUGGAGGAGUACCAGGAGGUGCACCAAUUGGAGUCCCAGGGGGAGGUGGAUACCUCACACCAGCAAAAGCUGCUAAAUAUGGAGUAAGCGGAGUAGGGGGAACAGGACUGGGAGGAACAGGAGUAGGAGUGGGAGGAGUAGGAGGAGUGGGAGUUGGAGGAUACUCCCCUGCAUCUAAGGCUGCUAAGUAUGGUGUUGUCCCAAGAGGUGGAGGAGUUGGGGGUGGAGGGAUCCCUGGAACACCAUUUCUACCAGGAUAUGGGUCCUUGACAGCUGGUGCCAAACCUCCUAAAUAUGUUCCUCAAACAGGCCUUGGAGGAGCUGGAGUCCCCGGUGGAGCAAGGCAGGUACUACCUGGGGUUGGCUAUGGUGGUUAUGGAGGCGGUGCAGGUGUCAAACCCCCAAAGUAUGGAGUUCCAGGAGGAGCUGGAACCGGCUUUGGAUAUGCAGGACUGGGAGGAACAGGAGGAGCAGGAGGAGUGCCUUUUGUUCCAGCAGGUGGACAAUACUCAGCGGCUGCAGCAAAAGCUGCGAAAUAUGGAGUUGCAACAGGCGGUAUUGGAACGGGAGUGGGAGCAGGAGGAACAUUUAGAGUACCAGGAGUUACAGGUGGUGUUGGGACAGGACUGGGACCAGGAGGAGCAGGAGUUGUACCAGGAGUUGGACAAUACUCUGCUGCUGCUAAAGCUGCUAAAUAUGGUAUCCCAACAGGUGUUGGAACAGGAGGAGUUCCAUCAGUAGGUGUGGGACCUGGUGCGACCCCAGAUACUUCUGUCACUGGCAUUGCAAAUGGCUCUGAAUCAGUUGGUGUUCCUGUGAAACCAGGGAAGGAUGUAGGUGUUGGUGGAACUGCUCUGCCAGGGCCUACUCCUAUUGCUGCACUUAUUAAGGCCCCAGAGGUCCCACAGCCCAGCGGGGGAGCAGGAGUGUCAGUACCAUCUGGUGGUGUUGGAGUCAAACCACCAAAACCAUACGUACCAGUUCCAGGUGCAGGUGGAUAUCCCUAUCCUUAUGGAGUUCCUUAUGGUACCGGUAUCGGCACUGUGCCUGGGCAGGGAGCAGGAACACCGCCUGGAGCGAAACCUCUGAAACCUCCAGUUGGACAAGGAGGAGCUGGUGCUGGAGUUAAACCACCCAAACCUGGUUAUGGUAACCUUGGAGGAGGAGGUGUAUAUCAGCCAGUUGCAGGUGGUGUUGGGACAGGACUGGGACCUGGGGGAGUAGGAGUUGUACCAGGAGGUGGACAAUACCCUGCUGCUGCAAAAGCUGCUAAAUAUGGAGUAGGACCAGGAGGAGUCCAAACAGGUGUGGUUCCUGGUUAUGGUGGAGGAUACCCCCAGCAGUACUACCCAGGUGUUCCAUUGGGUGUAGGACCAGGAGGAGUUCAAACAGGUCAAUAUGCUCCAGCCGCACUGACCCCACAACAAGCCAAGGCAGCAAAGUAUGGUGCACUGCAGGGCUUCCUAGGAGGAGGAGGAGGAGGAGGAGGUGGAGGGUUCUACAGAGGUGGUGCUGCAGGAUGCCAGGGUAAAUACUGUGGGAGGAGGAAGUAGAUGGUCUCCAGAUCCAGUGACCUCAAGAAACCAUGGUGCUACUGCAUGAUCUAGAAUGUACAUUUCAUAUGCAAACAAAGCCCGAUUAGACAACCUCUAAAGAUGUUCGUUGUUGCUUACUUGAUUUCAAUGUCUGUUUUCUCCAAACCCACCGACCCAGAAUUUUGUACAUGUUCUGUUGUGAACAUAUGUUAUAGAUAAUGCCUUUAAUUAAUCAUUAAUGUGUUCCAGUUAAUCAGCUUUAACUCUCUGUACUCCACCACAGGGGUUAGAAAUGCUUUUUGUCAUUUGUCUUUUGUGUGUUGCAACAUUAGAUUGUGUAUGUCAUUUUGUGAUGAUCAGUCUGACCUCUUUGUUUUAUCCCCAAAUCCACGAGAUUUGUCUCACCUGUCUGAGCAGAGCUUAUCACCUUUUGGGGAGCUCUGAUUUGGUCAAAGCUUGUCCAAAUACUGAUUAAAUCUGUCCGAUCUCUGCUCCCUGUUCCUCCACUACUAUUUUUAGCCACGCUGAGUGUGAAGCGCCAGGAGCUUGCUAGGGGCCAACCCAUCUGCUCUCUGAGAUUUUGCUGAUUCUUGUCGCUGCUUAGUGAAGUCUUCUCAGCCCUUUCUGAUCUUUGAGGAACAGAAAGCUGAACAAAAUCAAAACAUUUUUUAUGCUUUAAAGGAAGGGAAAAGCAUUUAGUUAGAAGUAGAAGUUAGUCUGGCAUGUACUUUAUGUGUGGUUGAAUGUUGAGUGUGUAGUCUCAUUUAUUGUUGUCUGUUAUAAGUGUUUGGACUCAUAGCUUUAUUGUUAUCAGGAAAGCAUAAAACAAGAACAAUCCUUUUGCAUUUAUCCUCUGUUACUAAUUAUAAUUACUGGCUUUGUUUAAUGGGGGAGGAUGUGUGUUUAUGUGAGGCAUAAAAUCCCCGUAUUUACUUGAGCUGCUUUUAUCAAGGCUUUACUGACCAAAGGUUUCUGAGUGCUGUUGCCAACAUGACCGCAUCUCUCCACGUGUAACUAUGUACUGUAUUUUUAACAAAUUUUGAUGUUAGCCAGCUUCAAUUCCUUCACUCGGGGCGGCAUGAGAACUGUCUUUGAGCCUCGCCGGGUCGGACCCUGUCUUGUGUGACGUGGGAUGCUCUUCAUCUUUAUUUAAAACUGUUUUUAGAAGGAGGAACAGUGUGGCUUUGCACUUUUUUUUAUGAGUCCCACGACACAUGCGACUCGAUCCCAGACAUCCUGGGUAUGUCUUUACUUUAACAGAUAACAAAAUAAAGUGUGUUUAAAGAA